AUGAAUAUUGUUCCUCUUUUGCUCACAGCAGAGGUGCAGAGGGAGAUGAGCAGAAAGAGAGUAGCUGGAAAGAGAAGAGAACCCUCAGCAAGAGCUUUCGGGUUGUCAUACGACUGCGCCCCCAAGAGCAGAGGGACCCCCAAGCAGGUGGCACACGAGACCAGAAGCUCCAUAAAGGUUGAGGAGCCGAAUCGGAUUGUUGUUGACACAGGCCGGGGCCACCAGCCGCACUCCUUGGAUUUUGAUGCGGUGUGGGGCGAAAACGCCACCCAGAAGGACGUCUACGAAUCCACGGCCAAGCCUCUGGUGGAGGCUCUCCUGCAGGGCUACAAUGGCUGCGUCAUCACCUACGGGUCCCCUGGGAGCGGCAAGUCCUACACUCUGCUGGGUGGCAGCCUCGCUGGCAAACAGAGGGGCAUUAUCAGCAGAGCCGCAGAGGACAUUUUCAACACAAUGGAGUCGCUGGACUGCAAGAUCAGAGUCUCCUUCAUUCACGUGGCAAAUGAGAAGAUUUAUGAUCUUUUGGAAAGCCCACCAGCUGAGGUGAGCAGGAUCCAUGAGGGAGAGGAGAUGGUGUUUGUGGAGGGGCUGAAGGAGGUGGAGGUGGGCUCUGCUCAGGACCUGCUGCAGCUCUACAGGCGUGGUGCAGCUAACAGACACUCAGGGGGGUCAAAGGGUGAGUCUGCUAGCAAGGGCCACACUAUUUUCAACAUCAUCGCCAUCAGCGCUAACCUCCCGGAAGGAAGCGACGUGAUGGAGGGGCAAGGGACGGUCAGCAAGCUUACCCUGGUGGAUCUGGCUAGCUCAGGAAAAGCACUCCCUUGCAGUAGUGCCCUCGUAGAGGGGAAAAGAUCUUUCCACACAACUCAGGAAAACCGCCAAGAAGCCAAGAUACUCAAGCGGUCCCUCACAAUAUUUGGAAAUGUGAUUUUUGCCCUUAGCAGCAGUGCCUGUCAGCAUGUACCAUAUCGAGAGUCCAAGCUGACAAGGAUUUUGAGGGACUGUUUAGGGGGAAACUGCCAGACCUGUCUGAUCGUGACGGUGUCGUCCAACCUGAUGUCCGUCACAGAGACGCUCAGCAGCCUCCAGUUUGCCUGCCGAGCCGUGGCCAUUCCCAGCCGCGCGGUGCGCGCCUCCCAGCUCCGCUGCUCACCUGUGCAGGUACGGCACUGCCACGCCCAGUCCUCACCUGUGCAGGUACGACACUGCCACGCCCAGUCCUCACCUGUGCAGGUACGACACUGCCACGCCCAGUCCUCACCUGUGCAGGUAUCACACUGCCACGCCCAGUCCUCACCUGUGCAGAUACGACACUGCCACACCCAGUCCUCACCUGUGCAGGUAUCACACUGCCACGCCCAGUCCUCACCUGUGCAGGUACGACACUGCCACGCCCGGUCCUCACCUGUGCAGAUGCAGAGUGUGAAGGAGAAGGCCAGAGCCAGCCCAGGCAGACACUCUGUGCAGCUGCCGUGUGCCCCUGACACAAGGGGUGUCCAGCCCCAGACCAGCCUGCCCCCCAUCCAGCCCGGCCCAGCACAGAGCUCUGCGCCCUGGCAGAGGCCGGCGGAGGAGGGGGACCAGCGGGCCUUCCUGCCGCAGUUGGACAGGCCAGGGCCGGGGGAGGGCGGGGCCCGCUCUGUGAGGCCUGGGAGGGGGGCGCGGCCCUCUGAGGAGAGGGGGGGCGUCUGGUCCCGGUCCAGCAGCUUGGCGGGGCCUCAGGCUCCGCCCUCCCCUCGCGUCUCUGCGGACCGGCUGCCCCACCCCCUCGUGCCCGCCGCGCCCGCCCCCGCCCCCGCCGCCCCCGUGGCGCUGGAGUGCCCCAACUGCAAGCGGGAGAGGAAGAUCAGGGAGGAGUACGACAAGUACAUCAUCCAGGCCCGGAGAGAGAGGGACAGCCUGAGCCAGCGCGUGGGCCAGCUGGAGGCCGAGCUCCUGCAGAGGGGGGGCGAGGGGAGGGAGGCCGGCUGCCCCGCCGUUCCGUCCGCCGCGAGAACCAGAGCGGCAGCACAGGCGGCCCCCGGACCCCAGGGUGAGGGUUCGGACAGUGCCGUGUGUGGGCGGAGAGCAGCAGAGAGGCAGAGGAGGAUGACGAAGAGCACAGGCAGCCAAACUGAGCUGGCUCCCCCAGAAGAGGAAAAGGAUCGCCUGAAGGAGCAGAUUGUGAGUGUCACGCAGAUGAAUGUGGGUUUCUUCACCUUCAUUCGUUUAGGCACUUGGGCUCCUUCUCAGCAUGCCAUUGUGGUUCUUAGAGGGUUUGGACUAAAAUCAAGUAAAAACCUCAGUGGACAAAAGGAAUGUCAGCUGUUUUUAUACAACUUUUUAUUUUACAUGUUUUUAAUUUUCUCCAAAUUUGGAACACAGAGACGCAAUUGUAGGCUUAUGGCUACAAUAUCCUCCAUGGCAUCAGUUCAGGAGAGUGCAGGUGAGCACGCUUCCCUUGUGCAGACUCAGACGAUAAGACAGGAAAUAUCCGUGGGUGGCCAGUUAUGCAUCGCCCUGAGGGACUGUCACGGUCAGGAUUCCAUUCAAGGCUGUGGGGCACACCAUUGCAAUAACGACUGCUACUGCCCGGUCAUGCUACCCCGGAGGUGGCCAUCAGUCAUUUGGCAAUUCAACGAGGAAACACUUAGACGUCAAGUCACGUCAUCAGCUGGUUCCAGUAGCUGGGCGCUGAAGCUUGCUGGUGCUCUCCGUCAGGCUGUGGUCUCUCCCCGGCCUGCAGGAGAGCUUGCGGAGGGAGGCGGAGGCUCCCCGGGGGCAGCUGGAGGAGCGCUGGGGGAAGGAGCGGGCCCUGGAGAGGGGCGGGGCGGCCCGGGAGGCCGAGGAGCUGAGCACCCAGCUGGACCGAGGAGGGAGAAGGACAGACAGCAGCUCCGCCUCCUGCAGGAACAGAAGGAGGACCUGAUGUCGGAGCUGCAAGAUUCCAAAGCGGAGCAUGACCGCUUUAAAGAGGAUGUUGUUCUCACUGUGACUGGCUUGCAAAAACAGAAGAAGGAAUUGUUGUCUGAAAUAGAGGAAACAAAAAUAUUUUGCGAUAAGAUCAGGGCUGAGAAUGCAAGUCUGAGGGAACAGGUGGAGGCUCUCCUGGCGGAGCUGAGAUCCAGGCCCCGCCCAGAUGCCCACGCCCACCCAUCGGCCCCUCACGUCCACACGGUCACCACGAACACGGAGAUGCUGGUGGUCUCGCACCACGUCUCCCAGCAGUGCGCCACGGGCGCUGGAACAGGCAGGUCUCCAUCGCUCUCAGAACAACAGCUGCUCAGUUCUGUCCCGAACUCCAUCGCUUUCAAUUACCAAAUGAACAUUAUGUGUUUACAUUUGUUUUUGGUUUUUUUUUUUCUUUUAGAAGGCGGAUGCUUCUUCACUGGCUGUACCGGUUUCCCGAGCUCCAGUUUUCCUGGAAAGCAACCCGAGUAUUCCACAAUGAAAGACAUUGAUGACAGCCUGCCCAAAAUGAAAGACAUAUUUAAGCAGCUAAAGAGAGAGCACGGUCUGCUGCUGGACGUGAUGCUGGUCCUGUACAGGCGGGGCUGGUUUGCGGAGGACGCCGUUCCGUACGUCAGGAGGACCCUGAGGAAGUGCGGGAUGAGACUGAAGGACAUGGACUGAGCGACCGAGCGCGUGCGCUCCUCUUAUCCAACGAGCAGCGAGAGCAUCCACGCUCACAGACACGCGCUAGCACGGUCAUAUCAGAGAGAGGCUACACCACGUAGGGACAGGCCCUAAACAUGCUUUAUACAUGUUAAAAACUGAUUAUGGAAAAAAUAGGACCGACAGUAUUUAUGUCUUCAAAUGUAUUUUUUAAAUAUUUUUUUUUUGUUUAUUUCUCAGAAAAGUUUUGGGUUCACAUAUUUAGCCAUUGAGAGACAUUUGUCUUCUAAAUUCAUCAUUUUGGCCAAAUCUGUUGGUAUACAUAAAUGUUAACAGGGGCAUUGUUUCGCUGGUUAAGUAAUUGCCGACUACACUGUAGUUGUGUAUGUAUUUGUAGGGUACUGCAUUUCUUGAAGUGGAUAAGUCUGUCAAAACCUGAUAAACCUGUAACUAACUGCCAUGCAUGACCUGACCAUGCCUUUCCUCAAUAUCAAUGGACUAAUUUAUAAAGAGGACCCAUAACUUUGUUUAUGUGAGAAAAAUGCUGCUGAUAAACUGCUGUCUCUGCUCCUCAUAAGUGGUGGAAGGUGCUGCAUUAAGCUGGUGCCAGUCACGGUCAAGCCUGAAUUUGUGCUGGCUGAUCUCAUGCAGGAGGCAGCUGCCAGUUCUUUGGCAAGUUGUAGCUCUGCACAGCUCUCCUGUGCCUGUUCUCCCAGCAGACAGCGCCCUCUGUUGGCCAUUAUGGCUGGGCGAUAUGGAUUAAAUAUCAUGAUAGUUUUGACCAAAUACCUCGAUAUCGAUAUUGUGGGGAUGACUAUUGGUACUUUCACAAAAUUACACAAUGAGAUUUUUGAUAAAUAAUUAUCAGUAAUGCCUAUGUAAUAACUAAGUGGGUAAAGGCAAAUAAUAGAACAGCUAGAACAGUCAGGUAAGUUCAGAAAAUGACAUCACUUUACUGUAAUGCUGCCUUUAAAACCAGGAAAAGACAACACUUAUGCCAUAUCACGAUAUACAAAAUCCCAGUCGAUAUGUAGUCUCAUAUCACGAUAUCGAUAUAUUGCCCAUGUUGGGAAGAGGAAGCCCCUGGGCUCACAGACCCCUUCUCACUUGUGUCCGUUUAAAUCAAAACAAAACAGUGGCAACAAAGAGAGAAAUUUUUAAUAAACAGAAAUAAAUGAUAUUUAACGAACACUGCACACACAAACUGUGUGUCCGUUUAACCUUGGGGUCCAGUGUGCCAUCCCCCUGGUCUGAAUCCUACAAUUUAAACAGAGUUCCAAGCAUCAUGGACUUUGCAUUAGGAUUUUAAAAAUUUACUUCAAAUUAGUUUUUUUGUUUUUUUCCCCUCUUCAUUUGGAGGCUGCAAAAUGCAGGCUAGGGCGUACGACUGCACUCUGGCUCAGUAAACACACUCUUCCACUUUGUUUCGGCCUGUUGUCACCAGGAUGACAAUGCACUUACAAGCUGCUGCUGCUGCCUGUUUCCAUGGGAACACAUUCUUUUUUAGAAAUGGUGCAUAAGGGCCAAAUAUUCCAUGCACCAUUUGUUAAAUAAUGUAUGAAUAAGACGCACUGUGGA